AAAUCAACAACUUGUAUAUGUAGUUGUACCACGCCUAGCAUCGUAAUUUUAUUGUGACUUUUUAAUGCUUUGUUUUUAUUUAUAGUUUUAAAAUAUGAAUAACCAUAAACCCAUAUGGGUGAAUUUUAUUCCGGUUCUGGUUGUAUAUGUUGCUUUUGUGGUAGGCACUGCAGAGGCUUGCACCAUACCUGUGAUCAUUCAAGGUUCAUGGUUUUCGUGGGAGAACGGCAAGAACACACUGACUGACAUUAAUGCCGAUGAGUUCAAAGGGAAAGGAUACUGUGUUGACAUCAAAGAAGAGUACCACGUCAACUACACAUUUGUGUUCAAAGGGAAUGAGUGCUACCAUUGUGUCAAGUUAAUUGUCAGGACUGUGAAUGUUCUUGAGAAAAUUGAAACUGGCUGUGUCAACCUGCGGCCAGGAGUUGAGCCAACCGUGCAGAAUGUGUGUCGGGAUCUGGACCCCAAUCAGCAGCUCAUCACUUUGUUCUCCGAGAACUACUAUCCCGUCAACUGUCGGUCCAGUCUGGAGGGAGUGUGGCAGUUUGCAUAUCAGAAUCGUUUUAGGUUCACUGGCGAAUGUAACAACCCAGAUGCCACUAUAAGGUCGUGCCAAACUGCAGGCACCCAGUUCCUGAUCACUAACCAGAAGUUCAACAUUACGUACAAGAAAUGCUCAGGCAUGGCUGGAACUUUCGAUGGUUUGGUGGAAUACAGCUGUUUGGGAGAUUGGUUUGUCGACAAGAACCACUUCUUCGCUGUGGCGAACACCAAGGAGUCGCGGAAAGACGAGAAGUACAGGUGCUUCCUGAAGAACAGAGACGACGACUUGUACAUAGGAGUCUCCAUCACAGCCGAAUGCAACACCUUGAAGACCGUGGAGAAGAGUCCGGAGAGGUUGCACGUGACACCAGUGAAAGCUGAGGUAGUGGAGCCGAGAUGCCAUCUGCCUCAGAACUUCACAGGGACGUGGAUCAACACGGCCAACAUCGAUGCAGAUGUGCAGAUCAACGAGACGCACAUAAUCGAAACGUGGUACCCUGACGAGGGACGGUACCGGCGGACAAUCUACGUGUGUCAGGAGAAGAGGGACUCACGCUACAUGAUGGCCAGACUUACCGUGGACGGAUGUCAAAAGGAUUACGUUUGCUUCGACUUCGUGCCUAGACAUCAUAACAUAAUACGAUUCAGAAGAGGCAUUGCAGUUAUUAAAGAUAACUUUCAUACUGUGUGUUCAUGGGUGCAGUUCAAAAAUAAAGAAGACUGGAAAUACGACCUCUUUUUGGCACAGAACCCAGUCCCGGUGCGCUGUCCCGUGGCAGGGAAGUUCAACUUCACCCAGCGAGGAGAGAUCCUGUUUGAGACCCGCAUCCUAGGCGGAGUCACCCUGUCCCCCCGCCCCACCACCUACUGCCAGCAGAACAUUUCCGACUUCUCUGUUUGCGACACGGACCAGAAGGAAGUCACCAUCGACGAGACCUACUGCCUCAGCGUGGACUACAAGGGACGGCCGGUCGACAUUUACAGUGAACCUGAUUACAGGAUGAAGUGCAUUGGGUUUUGGAAGGAAAAUCUUAAGUCAUAUCUAAUUACUUAUGAUGAAUUAGACCCCUUCAGCAAGUACAGAUGCUGGGUAUACCAGAGAGCAGGCUUGAAUAGAGUACUGAUGUCUCAAGCCCUUGGUCCUUUCUGCGACUUGAAGCAAAAUGUGACGAGCUGGAACCACACGGAAGGGGCGGCUGUGGCAGUCGACAUGACAGAAUAUGAAAGAGAACGGGACCAGUGCCCUAUGUACUUCGACGAUGGCACCAACCCGUGGCUCCAGUCUGAAAACUACAUCAAAGUGUUCACGUUUGGGUCGGGAGGAGCGGUCUCUGCCAGCAGCACGGGUAUGCUGUGCACCAUUCUCCUGGUUCAUGUGUGGUUCAGGGCGCCGGCAUGAUCAGACGUGUGCAGGGUUUGGCUCUCUUCAAUGACGUUAAGAGAAAGUGCCUUCAUUGGAAGAUACAGAGAGGUGAUUUUUGUCACAUUCCAUUCGUGCAUGCGGUAAUAAUUAGAAUUAUUGAAUCGUAUUGAAUUGAUUGAACUACAGUUUGCACUUUUGAAUCAUGUCUGCUUUUUUAACAUACAAGUGGUUAGUGAAAGUGGUUUUAGCAAUUGAUGAAAACUUUAUAGUUGUGAUUAUCUCAAGAUCAAUGAAAUAUUUUUAUAUUAACUUAAUGAAAUAUUUUAUGUAAUUUUGUAGUGUAUUUUACUGUUAGUGAGAAGUUAACGUGUUUGUACUAAUGCCAGCACAAGUAUGAAUAGUUUUUAGUAAAUUUUUGCAGUUUAAUUUUAAUGCUGGAAUAAGUGGUGAUCUGGGAACGAAGUUCAAAAUAUUGAAGCUAGUUUUUAUGCAAAGUUUAGUGUGGCAUCAGUAUUUCUGUCUCCUAGUCAAACGAUUAUUAUUUUUUACCUUCUUUCUUAAUCUAUAUAUAUAAAAUUGGAUGUUGGUAUGUAUGAUGUUGAUAAACUCUGACACCGUUUGACCGAUUGCCAUGAAAGUUGGCACAUUGAAGUGUUUUUCCAUGGCAUUGCAGCAAAUCAACUUCUAAACCAAUCACCGUGAAAAUAGGUAUUCAUAGAUAAUUGAACACAGGGAAUAUUUUUGCGAUAGCCAUUUUGCUAUACCUCGCCACUGCAUGGUGCUGCAGUGCAUCAACUUUUACACUUUUCAACCGAUCUAAGUGAAAAUUGGUAUAUUUAGGUAUUUGAACUCUGAGAAUAUUUUUGCAUUAUCCAUUUAGCGAUAACUCUCCACUAGAUGGCACUGCAGUGCAUCAACUUCUAUGUUGUUCAUCCGAUCGCCAUGGGUAAAUUCAUUUUUAUAACAGAAAAUCACAGGUCAUAGACUUACAAACAGUUAGUGUAUGUUAUUUCUUUAUGCUCCCAACACAGUCAUAUAGUAAGUUUUGGCAACUUCUUAUCCUCCGUGGGGAGACUCCUUCGCUUAGUGAAUUUUGCGGCAGCUAACUAUAAGUAUACACAGGUAGAACAACAUCUUUUGGGUUCUGCCAGUAAUAGGAAUUAUUUUGCACACUUGACGUUCAAAUUAAGAAGUCAUUUACUGCCUACAUUUUAUUUCGAAAAAAAGUUCCCUUCAGCCUUUGUUCAGCCUGGGUAAUGCCGGGUACUGCAGCUAGUAUCAUAUAAAGCUAUGUCCUUUCUGAGAUAACCGAGGGUAGUGAAUGAUUUCUUUGUUUCUUUCAUGCUAAGUCAGUCUUGCAUAAUUUAUAUUUAUAAUGAAAUGAUACAUUUAAUAACAGGUUUGUCUAAAUAACGUAUUUAAUUCUUGAGGCCAAUAGUUUUUACAAAAAAUCCUUAUUUCUUUUUGGUUUUAUGGUAUCUGUUUUGUAAAAAAAAUUUUGUACAGAUGGUUUUCUUAUUUUUAGUAGUAGUAAAUUUUUUUAUUAGUAAAAGCAAGAGUACUAACUGGUAGUUUGUGAAAUGCUGUCCUGCAAAAACUUUAUUUACACACAUUUUGUGGUUGUAAUGUUUUGCCUGUAAUUUUGUUAGAUAGAUCCUGAUGCUUACACAUAAUUGUAACGAAGCCGUCCAUAAUUUUUGCCUUUUAGGCUUAACAUGUGUUAAAGGUUGUAUAUAUAACUCAGACUGUUUUUAUAACUUUAUAACAGGUGCUGUGCUGUGUUUUUAUUUUGUUUUGUGAUUUUGAUUGUAUGUGGAAUUUUUUACAAAACUUUUAUAUGUAUUAUGACUCUUCUGCACUCAAACAUUGUUAGCGUAGUGGAGGGGCAAAAAUCAGUAUCAUUCCUGUAUGCAUUUUUAUUUAUUAGGUACAGUAUUUGUUUAUCAGAAACUUUUAUAAUUGAGUUUUAUUGCUUAGUUAAUAUAUUUUUAUGUUUUGAAUAGUUACAUUCAUGUGACUCCUUUACUAUAAAGAAAAAAAUUUAGCAAAAUGGAUUAAUUUAUUGAGGUUUUUAACCGUAUUAAAUAAAAAUUGUGGUUUCACAGUGAUUAAAGUAGGGGUUAUACAAAAUGUAGUAUAUUUUUUGUGUGUAAACUUAUAGACAAAUGUUGUGGCACUAACUUUUGGACCUUAAUUAUUGGUUGUCAUGAAAAUAGUGUGAUUUUACUUAUAUAUCAUGUAUAGUGCCUGUUCUGAAAAAAAUAAUGUAAUCUAUGCAAAGAAAGUUGAAAGAAGUGCUGAAUUUACCUUAUUGGUGAUUUGCUGUUCAGUUUAUUCACUUCAUGAAUAAUGGUGACUUCAUCAGUUAAUUCACAGACCCAUUUCCUCAUUUAUAUAGCAAAUAUAUUUAUAGCGACCAAUUUGAGAAUCUGUUUUUUUUUGAGCUAUUUAUUCUAUGUACUGUGAUAGAAGAAAGUUUUAUCAUGUGUACUAUGUAUAUUAUCUACAGUUUCUUAAUAAACCUAUUACUGUAGUUUGAACUGGACGUAGUUAUGCAGAAAGGAACCAACCCACAUGAAACCUAUUCUGAGUAUUUUGAAGUAAAAUUUAAUUAUAAGUUGUAAUUCUCCUAUAGAUAAUAUAAUUUGGGUAUCAUUUUAAUGGUCUAGAAUAAAUACUGAUAUAAUAAUAGCAACAACGGUACGAUCAACCUUGUACUAGUUUAAUUUAUUUUCAAAUAAAAUAUAACAAAAUUGUGGGUUGGUUCCUUUUUGCAUUUAACUGCGUCCAACUGACAAAUUAAUGCAGCAAAAAAAAUCAUUUUUAUUUUUUACUUUUUAGUUUUUUUAUUUUUCCCUUGAAUGAUUCGUGAAUAUUGGUUAGAAAGUAAUAAGUUUUAGUAAAAGAGUUAAAGAGUUAUUGACAGAAAAAGUAUUAAAACAGCAUUCCAAAUAUUGAGUCUAAAGGUUAGGAGCAUAGCUAACUAUUUGUAGUUCCUCAAGGAUACAUUAUUAUGCUUUGCAAAAUAUUACAGCAAAUAAUUUUUUUCUCAUAAAAAAUGAUACAUAUGUUAGGCUGGGUUUAGGUAUAUAAACUAUGCCAGAAAAUGCAAGAACAUUAGAAAGGCAAUAAAUACAUGAUGCAGUGAAAAAAAUUACACUUAAUUUAAAUUAUUGAAACUUUCAUAUGUAUGUACAAUAAAAAUGAAUAAUUAUCAAAAGAAGCCUGUGGAAGAAAUAUGUUUUGUAGUUUUACAAUUUCAAAUUGUAGAGUGAUGCCAUCUUGUGACUUUUGUGCUUUUAAGAAUGAUUGAGAUUUUCUUGCAUUGGUUGCUUGUUUCAUUGUUACAAUGAUUAAAUAAUUGUGUGGUUUAUAAACACGGCCUUUAUAAGUCCAUUUAAUGUUCCAACAUUUUAUGUCUAUAUUUUAAUACAUUUCUUAUAAAUAAGUUUGUGUGAAGUGUCUUAAAUCAGUUUUCCAGAUUGGUUAAUAUAUUUUAGGAUAUAUAUUUUAUUGAAAAGUUUCUAAAUUGAAAUAUUAUCUGAGCCUCUGAAAAUUGUAAGACUGUACAAAUAUCAGUAAUAUAGAGUCACUUAAGGCUUGUUUUAUGAAAUCAAAGCACAAAUAAUUAAACAUUUAAAAAAUAUUGUUUCAAGUUACUUUCUUAUUUUAUCUCUGUAGUUCAUAUUUUAUUACAUUUUGUUCCCAACAUUUAAAACAUUUAAUAUAUUUAUUGUAAUUCAUAAUUCAUGUUAUUGUAAAGCUAUUGUUUAUCUGUGAGCCGUAUUUUACUGAUAUCAAUUAUUUACCAAUAAUUGGCUAUUCUAAUGAUUGCACAUUAAAAUUGGUACAUCCCUGAUUUAUAGUAAGGUAUGAUUGUAUUUACAAAUACUAAACACAAUCUAUAAAUUUUUACAUAGUAUUUGGGGUAUGAAAUAAAAUUAAGUAGAUGUAUUUUUGUUAAAGUAACAACUUAUUAAAUUUGUUGAGUUUCUUUGUAAGUACAUCAGUUUUACACUGGUAAUUUUUACUUUAAUUGUUUAUUGAAUUUAAGGAUCUGUCUUUCAUAAACAAAGAAUUGAAAUCAUUGUGUAUAAUCAAAACCCUUAUUAAAAAAUAUAAAUAUCUAUGUAUUCUAAAAGCCCAUGGCAGCUGUAAGCGUUUAAGCAGUACAGAGUUGUGUAUGCAUGGUAAAACGAGGACUGUGAAUUUUUAACACACACACUUGCACUGUUAGAGUGCUGUAGUCUUGACAGGUUCCAUUUGCUUGAGUCUGUUUGUAACCAUUCAAUCUGAAACUCAUCUGAACUUUUCUGUUUUUCUCUACUUUCCAUAAGUAUGUUUUAGAAAUGUAAGAAAUACCAAAAAGACUCUGAACUUUUGUAAUCCAUAAAAUCAUAUUUGUAUAACUUCAAAAUUCCCUUUAAUUGUGAAAGCAUAAUGGUUGUGUUGUUGAUUUUCUUAAUUUUUAAAAUUUUAACUGUUUGUACAUUCCAGUAAAACCUGUUUUUUUUUUUUAAUGUGUAUCUUGAAAACAACUUUUGUAAUAAACAUAUAAUUUGUUUACA